CACACCACUAUCAGACACGCCAACUUCAAGUAACAAUGGCUCCCUCGCUCCCGCUCCCGCUCCCAGCGGUUUUUCUCCUCCUAUUCCUCUCUCUCUGCUCCGCUGCUUCACACAAAUCCAAUGCACCUCACGAUCUGAUCCGUUCAUCGUGCGUACACGCCAGAUACCCCGCUCUCUGCCUGCGCACACUCUCGUCAUUCGCGGGCCCCGCCAAGACACCACGAGAUUUGGCCCAGGCUGCCGUCAGCGUCAGUCUCGCUCGCGCACGGAGAGUCUCGAGUUACCUGACCACCGUAUCGGGUUUCAAGUCGAAGCGCGAGCGAGUCGCGCUGAGUGACUGCGUUCAGGAGAUAUCUGACUCGGUGGACCAGCUGAGCCGGACGCUUAACGAGCUGAAGCACCUCGACGGAGCGAAGUUCCGGUGGCACGUGAGUAAUGCGGAGACGUGGGUGAGUGCGGCCUUGACUAACGAUGACACGUGUCUCGAUGGAUUUCGCGGGGUGGAAGGGAAGGUUAAGGAAGAUUUUAGGAAGAAGAUCACGAAUUUGGCUAGGGUUACUAGUAAUGCCUUGUACAUGAUCAAUCGGCUUGAUGAGAGCCGCGGACAUUAAAGCGGGGCUCGGCUGUGGUAGCAUGUAAUAAUAUUUUAUGUAUUUAUUUAACUUUUGUACUC